CAAUACUUCACUUUGCUUUUGAGUAGGAGUUGUUGGCAGCUCAUUUUUGCAGCGCCGAAGGCAAGAAAAUAUGCCAUGUUCAGAGCAAGCUCUGGUUAGAUUGUUUUACAACCUCUCAAGCUCCUCCCUGCUCCUCCUCCUCUUCCUAUACUCCUCAUCCAUCUUGCUUGCCAGGCUCUUCUACUUCAUUGGAAGUUAUCCUCUCAUCCAAAGAAAUCAAAAUGGAUAUGACUACAGUAUGUUCUCUGAGGAAGAGGAAGAGCAAGAAGAAGAAGAAGAAGAAUAUGCUGACAGAUUUUAUAGGGUGAACUGCAUGGAGAAAGAUCACCUGGUGGCAGACAUAAUUCAUGGGGGUGAAUCACUUUUAUUCUUGCCAGACAACUGCCUUCAAAGGAUUCAAAAUGAUGGUGCUGAGGCAUCCAAUAAUUCCCCUGAUCAUCAGCUGACAAGUGAAGAUCAAGAAUAUGCAAGUUAUACUACUGAACAGUUUUCUGCUCAUGACUCAUCACCUUGUUCAGAUUCUGAGCAUGAUGAUGGUGACACAGAGUUGCUGGAUGGAGAGAUCCCAACAAAAGAUGCUGAUUCACUUCAGAAUUCUGAUGUAAAUGAUCAAGAUGGUCCCACUCCCAUCGUCUCACCAAUAGUCACGAAACAGGACAAUGAUCAGGUGGACAACGAUGAAGAUGGUGUUGAAAUUUGCAGUAAUCAAAAAAUCAGACAAGGGGUGGUAACAGAUUUUUCAAGAAAUGACAAGUUUUUUGUUAUUGAACCAAAGAAAUUGGAGUCUAAGAAGUUACUAGUUCAUGAAAAGGAUGAUGAAGAAAUCUAUGGUGACUCUUGCACUAUUGGCUCUACUUCUAAGAGCUCCUCUGAGUGGAGAAGCUCAAUAAACUGUAGAGAUUCAGGGACUGAUGAUCCAUUUUCUUCUUCCUCAAGAAGGAGUUGUCCCAAGUGGGAGUCCUACACAGUGUUUCAAAAAUAUGAUGAAGAGAUGCUGUUCCUAGACAGAAUUAGUGCACAGAAGCUCCAGGAAACAGAGUCACUGCGGUCCAUCCAAGCUUGUCCAAGGUCAAUAUCAGAGAGAUUAGUCCACAAGUUUGCGACAAUGAACAAGAAGCCAUCGGAUAUCAGACACAAUCCAUAUCAUGAACUAGAAGCAGCAUAUGUAGCUCAAAUUUGCUUAACUUGGGAAGCUCUAAACUGGAAUUACAAGAACUUCGAACGUAAAAAAGCUGCACGCAAAGAUUUUGACUGUCCUGCGAGCAUUGCUCAGCAGUGUCAGCAAUUCCAAGUUCUUUUACAAAGAUACAUCGAAAAUGAGCCUUAUGAGCAAGGCCGCCGACCCGAGGUGUAUGCCAGGAUGAGGCUUUUGGCACCGAAGUUGCUUCUGGUUCCUGAAUAUCGAGAUUAUGAGGAUGAUCAAAGGGAUGAAGGUUUUGGCUCAAGAAUAUCAGCAGAUUCGUUUCUGGUGAUAAUGGAAGAUGGAAUUCAGACCUUCAUGAAUUUUCUCAAGGCAGACAAGGAGAAACCAUACCAAAUCAUUAAAGCAUUCUUUGGGCGGAAGAGAAGAGGUUCAGUUGACCCAACACUUCUCCAACUCAUGAAAAAAGUUAAUACUAAAAAAAAGAUGAAGCUUAAAGACCUCCGCCGGGCUCACAAAUGCAUAAGGAAAAGAAAACUGAAGGUGGAGAAAGAGAUGGAGAUAUUGAUGGGUCAAAUUGACCUAAAAGUGGUGUCUAGGGUGUUGAGAAUGAGUGAUCUAAGCGAAGAACAAUUGCAUUGGUGUGAAGAGAAGAUGAGCAAAGUCAGGAUUUUGGAAGGGGAACUGCAAAGAGAUUCCUCACCACUUUUUUUCCCUGCACACUGACCCACCACCAUUAUAUGCUAAUAUUGUUGCUUUGAUGACUAGAUUAUGAAUGUGCAUCACUGCACAAAAUGAAUAUCCUAGGCAAGCUUUUGUAAAUUCUCCUAAGAAAAGAAAGAAACUACAUGGAGGAAGGGUCCUACAAAUCAAAGUUAACUACAUGUGGGGUGACUUGGAAUUUGGGGAUUACGGGAAUUCCAUGAAAUGAAA